CAUCGAAGCAAUCUGUUGGUCCGGUCCCAACUGCCAUUCAAAAAGAAGUAAAAAAUAAUAAAGAUUAAGAAAAGGCGGGAAUACUGUUUUUUUUUUUUUAAAGAGCAAAUGACACACUCAACCGUCUUCUUCCACGUUUCGUCUUCUGAUUGGACCCACCGCUCCUUCUUCCCCCAGCCUCGAAGCAAUCCCUCACUCCCGCUAUCCAUUUACGAAAAAGUUCCACAAAAUAAAUUGAAUUUUAUAUACGAUUUUUGCCUUCAUGUAAAAUGGAUAAGAAUUAAGAUUUAAGAACGGUGGAUCAUUUUUUCCCACUUUGGCUGGAUAAGUGACCAAGUUCCUUGUUUUCUUCGUAGUAGAGAUAUGGAUAUGCGGGAAGAAUGGAUGCAUAUAUUUCCGUAGGAACACUCCCACCUUAGGAUGCUUGGACUUGGAGGUUUCUCAAUUUAAGUGAGUUUAAAACUGUCUACUUACCAUUUUUGUCUAACUAGAUUAAGCCAUGAGUUAGAAACAAUAAAUACAUUGGCACCCUUCAACUUGUACUGAAGAAACACGGUACUAGUUCGAAUAGUUUUCGACGGUGUAUUCUAUUUUUUGAAAUAUACAUUUAAUACAAUUACAAUAAAUAACAAACAAAUAAACAAGGAGUCCAAAAAGAUUUUUUUUUUACUGACAAAAACGAACAAUUUAAAGUCCACACAAUUUUAUCUAUAUCGAAUUUUAAUAUCAGAAUAACUAUAUAGUCAUGAUUCAAUUCAGGUGCACUGACUUUUGAUCGAUUUAUCAUUUUUCUGAUCUAAUUGGAAGAGACAGAGCCUCUAAUUGACGAAAAGUAAGCUCUUCUUACUUGGCAGGUUUCAUCAUUCUUCCCACCUCUACCCUCGUUGCACCAAAAGACGCCGUUAAAAUAAUUUGAGGAGCAUGCCAUCAGCUAGGAUCUUUGGAAACUAUGGAAACAUCUGCUGCAAGUAGACGAAGUAAGAUAAAAUCAAGAUGAUUUAUUUUAUUUUCUUGGUAUUCAUCUACAUGCUCACUUGUUUUUUAAAAAUAAGAUUAAACAAAUGAAAACAAUUUGAAGGUAUUCAGUGGUGUCAGGACCUUGGCCCUGCUCAAGUUCGAUUUGAAGAUGAUGCUAAGACGUUCAUUGACAAGAUUAAUGCCACGAACGCGCGAGACAACCGUGUUGGGGCUAUUAUUAAGGAAAUUUUGCGUAUGAUGGCUCUGAACAGUGGUUUUCAUAUACAAUUUGUUGGUCAGAUUAGCUAUAGGAUAGCCCAUCUUGUGGCUCAGAAGACCCUUUCUUUGUCUCCGACCUCGUGUCGAUUGUAUGAUUUUCGUUCCUGAUUUUAUUCCAAUGUAUAGUUUAUAAUCUCUAUCAAUCAAUAUAAUUAUUUUUGUUAAAAAAAUGAAAACAAAUUAAUCUCUAAUUUUACACUUUUUCUGUUCGUUAAAGAACUAUCAUGAUUACUAACUUUUGGAACCUUUUUUUAGUGUCAUCGUAACUUUUGGUUUCUUUGUUAUAAAAUAUUAUAAUUCUUAUAUUCGAAUUAAUUAUUAUACAACAAACAGAUACAAUUGAUUUAAAAAUACUAGUCCUAUACGUACUCCUAUACACGUAUUAUACGCGACCCCACUGCGUGGUGUAUAUAAAUACAGGCGCACUGCACCAGUUUCCCAUCAGCUUCUUCAUCCGAAAGCAAAACCAACAACAACACCAACUACCUGCCCGCCAUGGAUUCCCGUUUCUCUCUCUUCCUGAUCCUCUCCGCACUCCUGGCCUCCGCAGCCCUCGCCGACAUCUCCGCCACCGCCGAUCCUCUGAUCCGGCAGGUGGUCGACGACGAGCAGCGAUCCUCCUCCCUCCCCAACGUCGCCGCCGCCGCCGACAACCUCCUCGGAGCGCCGGAGCACCACUUCUCCCUCUUCAAGAAGAACUUCGGGAGAUCGUACGUCUCUCAGGCGGAGCACGACUACCGGUUCAAGGUGUUCAAGGCGAAUCUGAGGCGCGCCGCCCGCCACCAGCUGCUCGACCCCAGCGCUUCUCACGGAGUCACUCGGUUCUCCGAUUUGACCCCUCGCGAGUUCAGGAGGCAGUUUUUGGGGCUCAGGAAGCUCGGGCUUCCCAGCGACGCCAACACGGCGCCGAUCCUCCCGACGAGCAAUUUGCCUGCGGAUUUCGAUUGGAGGGAGAAGGGCGCAGUUACUGCCGUCAAGAAUCAGGGUUCAUGUGGCUCUUGCUGGAGUUUCAGCACAACUGGAGCACUGGAAGGUGCGCACUACUUGGCUACAGGGGAGCUUGUGAGUCUCAGCGAGCAGCAGCUUGUGGAUUGUGAUCAUGAGUGCGACCCAGAAGAGCAAGGGUCCUGCGACGCUGGCUGCGGUGGCGGGCUAAUGAACAGUGCGUUCGAGUACACGCUCAAAGCCGGCGGCUUGAUGCGUGAGCAAGACUACCCUUACACCGGCACAGACCGCAGCACCUGCAAGUUCGACAAGAGCAAGAUUGCAGCUAAAGUAGCCAACUUCAGCGUCAUCUCGACCGACGAAGAACAGAUCGCUGCUAACCUCGUCCAGAGUGGCCCUCUUGCUGUGGCGAUCAAUGCUGUGUACAUGCAGACCUACAUGGGUGGAGUCUCGUGCCCUUACAUCUGCUCCAAGAGGCUCGACCAUGGAGUGUUGCUGGUGGGCUAUGGGGCGUCGGGCUAUGCGCCGAUCCGGAUGAAGGAGAAGCCGUACUGGAUCAUCAAGAACUCAUGGGGGGAGAACUGGGGAGAGAAUGGGUACUACAAGAUAUGCAAGGGGAAGAAUGUCUGUGGAGUUGAUUCCAUGGUCUCCUCUGUUGCUGCAGUUCAGACUGCACCUCCCGGUACCCAGUAGUGAAAUAAAGGUGCCGGCUGGCUGGCUGGCUGGCUUUUACAUUUGAUUUGAUAUAUAGAGAGAAUUGGAUGGAUGAAUGUUUGGAUGUAAAUAUUUAUUUAUCCCUCCUCCUUGCAGCACUGAAAGGGAGCUUUAUUUUUACAUUAUUGCAAUCGCACUUCUGUGACCUCUUUUAAUCUAUACGAGCUUUUGUUGUCAGAUUAAAUUUCUGAAGCAGAUUUGGUACAUUGUUGUGGAAAUGUACCUUAGGAAAUUUAAAUGUAUGACGCUUCCUGAUUUAUGUCGAUGUAUUGCUGAUAUAUACGAAAAAGGGUUUCUGCAGCAAGUUGUCUCCUAACAGUUGAAUGUAUGUGUCAUCGAGGGUUCAGAGGCAAUAAUCCUGCAACAUGCUAUCAUUAUUAGUGUCAUGAACCAGUUGAUCCCAAUAACUCGAGUUGUUGGGAGAAGUUCAAUUGUGGAUCAUAUACCACAACACUAACACGCCCCCUCAAACGAAAGCCACUCACAAGGGCUUGAAGUUUGCACAGGUCUGAAGACAAGAAUACCAUGUGCUUAACAAAUGGAGUCACCGGGAAUCGAACACAAGACCUUUCGGUCACAGAAGGCUCUGAUACCAUGUCAAGAACCAGUUGCUCCCAAUAACUCGAGUUGUUGGGAGAAAGUUCUGCUGGAUUUAAUACCACUCUCUAACACGCCCCCUCAAACGAAAGCCAACCUAUGGGCUUGAAGUUUGCACAGGCCCACCAUACCAUGUGCUUGAAAGACAACGGUUAAUAUUAGGGGUCGUGAAGAUUCGAACACGUGACCUUUCGGUUCUAGACUCUGAUACCAUGUCAUGAACCAGUUGAUCCCAAUAACUCGAGUUGUUGGGAGAAGUUCAAUUGUGGAUCAUAUACCACAACACUAACAAUUAGAUCAUUUCUAUGGGUUUUCAACCCGAUGAACCGGGAUCGAGGAGUUGGCCGAAUUCGGAUUCGUUCCCAGCCCAAUGAAUCGGGAUGGUUGAGUUGGCCAAGUUCAGGUAGAGAAAGCUGAUGUAUGUUGCAUCUUGUUUGCAUAAAUUUCUAGGAUGAGAGAUAAUGUGAGGGAAUGCGUGCAUUAAUACGUCACCUUCGUCGAGACACAAUCAUCCAGAAGUAUGUUGCAACAACUUGUCUGCACAAUUUUUUGUCGAGAGAGCUAAUGUAUGUUGCAACAAUUUGUUUGCAUAAAUAUGUGAAUUGUGAUGACGUCCGUAGACUUGGCUCCAGAAGUUUGAACGAGUAACAAGCUUGUCAUAGUGAUUUAAGGUUCAAGGUGACCGUUACGCUUAACGGUCUCGGUCUAUAAUAUACCGCACAGUUGAAGAAACUAAAAUGGUCGCUAAUAACAUAAAUAGAGUUAAUACCAAUGAAACAAAGAAUUUUUCAUAGUAACUUCACUACGAAAACAGAGGAAAUGGAAGAAGAUAAGUGAAAACCAUAGAGAGACAUAGAUGAGCUCAAAAGAAGAAAGGAAAUAAAUGAAA